AAGACGUGAUAGUGCAGUUCAUGUGACCUAUCAAACACUAUUGCGCAACUUCUCCCGGUUCACUGCAUCACAUGACUCUUUUCCACUUCCUGAACUCUAUUGUAAAUGCAGGAUCUCACUGACAUCAAUAAUAUAAUCUUCAGUUUAUUCCUCAUGAGCGCAUCGCAGUCUGUGGACAGCAGACACACCGUGUUCCGACCUCUCGGUCCGUCUGCUGCUGUCACAGCGCAGGAAGACGCUUCCACACUGUCUGCAAACUUUCUGCUGGACUCCAGGGAACAAUGUUGAAGUUGGAGGAGUGUCGAGAGCGGAUCCACACAGAGCUGGACAAUGUCGUGGACUUCUGGCUGAAAUACUCCCAUGACACCGUACAUGGAGGCUUCUUCACUUGUAUUGGGAAGGAUGGGAAGGUUUAUGAUGAGCUGAAAUACGUCUGGUUGCAGGGUAGACAGGUGUGGAUGUACUGCCGCCUGUACCGAACCAUGGAUCGCUUCCGCAAGCCUGAAAUUCUUGAAGCAGCAAAAGCUGGAGGAGCAUUCCUGAGAAAGUUUGCUCGUGUUUCCAGCAGCGGUGGCCAGUGGAAGUGCGCCUUCUGCUUAACAAGAGAUGGUAAACCAGUCAAAAUUCAGAGGACCAUAUUCAGUGAGUGUUUCUACAUCAUGGCCAUGGAUGAACUGAGCAGGGUCACUGGUGACAAGGACAUGCAGCUGGAGGCUGAACAGAUGAUGGAGCAGCUGAUCUACUGGGUCCGGGUGGACUCGUCAGGCUUGGGCCGGCCCCAACUUCCUGGAGACAUUCCCACCAAUAGCAUGGCAGUUCCCAUGAUGCUGCUGUGUCUGGUGCAACAACUUACUGAAGGCCGAGGGCAGGAAGUGGUUCAGAAGUACAGAGAGCUGGGCAGCUGGUGUGUUCAGCAGAUUCUACAACAUAUCCAGAGAGACGGCACAGCUAUCUUAGAGAAUGUGUCACUGGAGGGAGCAGAGCUGCCGGGUUGCCAGGGCCGACUACAGAACCCAGGCCAUGCCCUGGAAGCAGGCUGGUUCCUGCUUCAGUACAGUGCAGAGCAAGGUGACGAGCAGCUCCAGAGAACAGCCAUAAACAAGUUUGUGGAGCUGCCCUAUCAGUAUGGCUGGGAUACAGAGCACGGUGGCCUCUUCUACUUCCUGGAUGUGGAUGGUCACUGUCCCACACAGUUGGAGUGGAGUAUGAAGCUGUGGUGGCCUCAUUGUGAGGCUCUCAUUGCCUUCCUGAUGGCCUACAGCCAAACCAAGAAGCCAGAGCUGCUGGAGAGAUUCUCUCAGGUUUAUGAAUACACCUUGAGCCAUUUUUCUGACGCAAAGAACGGUGAGUGGUUUGGCUAUUUGACACAAGAAGGAAGAGUGGCGCUGGAUUUUAAAGGAGGCCCCUUUAAAGGGUUCUUCCAUGUGCCUCGCUGCCUGUAUAUGUGUGAGCGUAUCCUGGAUGAUCUGCUGGCAAACAAGGACUGAGCGUUCAGACAUGACUGUUGUGAUAAUAGGAUUGAAUCUGAUUUGUGAGUCUGUUUGCCAAAUCAAACUGCUUUAAUCAGGUUAUAAAUCAAAAUGACACUCAUCUUCAAAUAUGCUUUGCUGCAAAGUAACUUGUUUCAUCUCAUCACAAUAGUCCAGUUGCUGUGUGGCAGUGUGCCCCCCCCCCCCCCCCUCCCCACCUCCCCCCGCCACCCUGAAAAAAGUGCCUUCUACAUGUACACUGAACAUCUAAAGACCUUUUAAAGAGCAUCUAUCUUUACAUUCUUUUCAUUCCAGCUUAUACAGCUAGCAACUCCGCAAGAUGUUUGUUUUUUCCAAGUAUACUGAUUGCUCUUUCAACAUACUGGUGAACCAUGAUGUAUGGCAGAAAAACAUUAAAGCUGCAGUAUUUUAGUGCUUGUGGGCUUUCUGGUCAGUAAAUGGAUUUUACAGUGAAAUAUUAAAUGAUGAUUUAAUGUGUAAUGUGAUGUAUGCAGAUGAUUUCAUUGAAUUCAUUUGUAAUUGGACAGUUAAUGAUGUUGAAGUUUCUGAUAUGACACAUGAUUGAAGUACGUUUUGAAGGCAGUGAUCACCAAUGUACCAUGUAAUACAGUACGAGUCAGU